ACCCGAAUUUUUCUGUACGUUCACUUUAUGUACCUAAAUAUUAUUGCCCAAUUGUUCACGUUGUACUAUCACUGUCUGGGGUUCUACCAAAUGAUCAAUGUUUAAAAGUGGAACAGAGAAGAACUCCAGAAGUGUGUUUAAAAACAUAAACGGCGCAGAUGUUGUUUUUUUAUUUUGUCCAUUUUGUUUUGUUUCAAUAAAGCAUCGCGAAAAAAAAAAAAGAGUGAGAGCAGGAGGCGGAGGGGGCGAGAGCAGGGUGUGCAGACAGCAGACGGCGGGAGCGAGAACACAGGGGAGAGAGACACAGAAGGAUUUGUGUAGAGUGACAGCUACUUCCGAUGCGUGCAAUGACAGCGCGCACAGAGACAGCACAAGGGAUACAGUGACAGAACAGAGAGAGGUGGUGCGCACAAGAGACAGCCUAUCACUCUGGGAAUGCUGGGCUUAGACUGGAAUAAAGAAAUUGCACAAUGCGCCGAGGAGGAUGGAGGAAUCGAGCCAACGAAAAAGAUGGCUGGGGUGCCUGGGGAGGAUAUAUCGCAGCAAAAGUGCAAAAAUUAGAAGAUCAGUUUUGUUUGGAUGCCCCGGGGCAACAGGAGAAAGAUGGCACUUCCUCCUCAAUUUUUAAUGGUGUUUCAAUUUAUGUAAAUGGUUACACAGAUCCCACUGCAGAUCAGCUGCGUCAUUUGAUGAUGUUGCAUGGUGGGAAAUACCAUGUUUACUAUUCUCGUUCUAAAACAACCCACAUUGUUGCAUCCAAUCUCCCAAACAAUAAAAUCAAGGAGCUUAAAGAUGAAAAGGUUGUCCGCCCUGAAUGGAUAACAGAAAGCAUAAAAGCUGGCCGGCUUCUUUCCUAUGUUCCCUACCAGCUGUAUACAAAACAGUCAAGUGUUCAGAAAGGCCUCAACUUUUAUUCCAUUAAAAAAUCAGAUGAUUCUUUACCAGGUCCCAGCAAUAUUGUUCAAGAUGUCAAUCAGAAAGAGAGCCAUUCUAUCCCCCCUUUCUCUGAAGAAGAAAACACUGUCCAAGCAAAUGGGGUAGAAUGGAAUGAGGAGAAGCAGCUUGAAGAUGAAUUUGAUUUGUGGGAUUUAGAGAAGGUCUUUUCUGAUCACAAGCCCAAUGGACUACUAACCCAGAAAAUCAAUGCAGCCAUAUAUAACAAACACAACUGCAGCUCUAACAGUGCCUUAAAGCCACUGGAUAACUCAGUGCUUACAAAUAACUGUCUGACAAAUGGACUUCUUUUAUUACCGCAACAAGAAAAGCAAGACACAAAUAGCAUCCCCGUUACAGACAACAUAUCAGCUCAGUUGGAACCAAACAUUAAUGCGGACAUUUCUUGCAAUCCUCUGAGAACGAUGCCAGGUUCACCCUCCUCAUCUUAUUUGCACAAUAACACAAAAAUUAAUGGUGCUCACCACUCGCUCCAGGGGCCUUCAAGCACAAAAAGCACUACCAUACUUUCGCCUAGUAAGGCACCUUCUCCGCUGCCUAAAACAGCGGACCCCAAUUUUAUAUCAGACUUUUAUUCUCACUCUAGACUUCACCAUAUAUCAACGUGGAAAUGUGAAUUCACAGAAUUUGUGCGCAGUCUGCAGACUCAGAGCAAUGGCAGCUUUCCUGGAAGGGAAAGGUUAAAAAAACUAAAGACAGGUAUCAUAUCUGCUUCUAACCUACCCAAGUGCCAGAACUGCAUUAUACACGUGGACAUGGACUGCUUCUUUGUAUCUGUUGGUAUUCGGAACAGACCAGACCUCAAAGGAAGACCCGUGGCAGUCACCAGCAACAGAGGUUCCGGAAAAAUAUCAUCUCGUGAUGGAGCUAAUCCUCAGAUGGAAUUUGAGUUUUACCAGAAUAGGAUUCAAAAAGGCAAAGAUGACAACACAAAUAAGCUUGACCAAACUGAUUCUACUUUGCGCAAUGGAAUAGAUCUGGAUAUCACACAUCUUUCAUUAGCAGAAAUUGCAUCUUGCAGUUAUGAAGCAAGACAAGCUGGUGUGAAAAAUGGAAUGUUCUUUGGUAGAGCUAAACAUCUGUGCCCGGAUCUCCAAGCAGUACCUUAUGAUUUUGAUUCGUACAAAGAAGUUGCAAUGACCAUGUAUAAAACAUUAGCAAGUUACACUUAUGACAUUGAGGCUGUUAGCUGUGAUGAAGCUCUAGUCGAUAUCACAGAAAUUCUUGCUGAGACAAGACUGACACCUGAUGAAGUAGCUUCUGUUAUUCGAGCUGAGAUUAAAGAGAAAACUGGGUGUGCUGCUUCUAUUGGGAUGGCUUCAAACAUUCUGCUUGCUAGAAUGGCAACCCGCCGAGCAAAACCAGAUGGACAAUAUCACCUAAAACCAGAAGAUGUCGAUGAGUUUAUCAGUGGCCAACAGGUUAAUAAUCUCCCAGGUGUUGGUCGAUCAAUGGAAUACAAGUUAGCAUCAAUGGGUGUGAAAACAUGUGGCGAUCUACAAAAUAUAGCCAUGUCAAAACUGCAGAAGGAGUUUGGGCCUAAAACAGGACAAAUGUUGUAUAGAUUUUGUCGAGGUUUAGAUGAUAGACCUAUUCGAAAAGAGAAAGAGAGGAAAUCUGUAUCUGCUGAAAUAAAUUAUGGAAUACGUUUUUCUCAGCCAAAGGAAGCAGAAGCAUUCCUCAUGAACCUUGCAGAAGAAAUCCAGAGAAGGCUUGAAGCAGCGGGCAUGAAAGGAAGGAAACUAACCUUGAAAGUUAUGGUCAGAAAAGCUGGAGCACCUGUAGAACCAGCUAAAUUUGGAGGCCAUGGAAUAUGUGAUCAUGUUGCCAGAACAGUAACUGUUGAACAGGCUACUAGCAGUGCAAACGUUAUUGGAAAAGAAGUACUGAAUAUGUUUCAUUCCAUGAAACUGAACAUAUCCGAUAUGAGAGGCGUUGGUCUGCAAAUGCAUCAGCUGGUUUCAGUCCAUAAACCAUCUGCUUUUGGUGCCUCAUCUGUGAAAUCUGGCCCUCUUUCAGAUGGAUCACGCUCUCUUAUAGAUAUGUUUCAAGUGCAAAAAAUAAAGAAACCUGCAGAGGAUGAAAAAAAAGAGGAUGACAAAAAAGAUUUCGUUGAUAUGGUGGAUACUGAGAUAUCUUCUGCAUCGGGGACAUGUGCCUUUAUUCCAUCUUAUAAUAAUGAUAGCACUUUCAGUCAAGUGCCCCGCAGUACUAGCAAAAUAGAAUUCCCUGAUAAGAAGAAUGGUAUGCAUUCCCCCAUCUGUGUAAAAUUCCGGGUUUCAUUUUACCAUAGAGGUCCCUCUCCUUCACAGGUUGAUCCAUCUGUCUUAGAAGCUCUUCCUCCUGACAUUAGGGAACAAGUGGAACAGACAUUUGCCAUCCAACGAGAGAAUUCCUCUACCAAGAGAAAAAAUGAAUCAUUAAGAAGCAAAGCACAAAAUCAUCCAGUGACAACUGUCCUUUUACAAAUACCACCUCUAUCAGAACAGGGAGAAAUGGGUAUUAAUGUCAUAGCACUUCCAGCUUUUUCACAGGUUGAUCCAGAAGUAUUUGCGGCACUUCCUGCUGAUUUACAGGAUGAAUUGAGAGCUGCAUAUGGUCAAAAGAAUAAACAACCUGAGAAUGGCAUUAAUCUAAAUCCACCUUUCAUUUCAAGAAAUCCUUUGUUACAAUUGAGGAAACCAGCAGUGAAAUCAAAGAAAAAGAGCAGAAAGAAAAAUCAUCUUAGCCCUACAAAAAAGAUCCAAAGCCCUAUGAAAAACAAACUCUUUAGUAGUCCAUCUAAGAACUAUGGGAUUACUGAAAGUCCUCAAAAACAAAAAGAUGGUCCAGCAAAACCCGAAGCCAUACCUCAUGGACACACUCAGGUUGAGUUAGGUCCUUCUACAUCUAAUGUUUCUGGGCCACUGAUUCAAGGGUGCAAUUCUUUUAAACCAAAACCUCCUAAUCUGGCUGGUGCUAUUGAAUUUAAUGAUGUGAAGACAUUACUAAAAGAGUGGAUUACCACAAUAUCUGAUCCCAUGGAAGAAGACAUAUUGCAAGUUGUGAAAUACUGCACAGAUUUAAUAGAAGAAAAGGAUUUGGAAAAACUAGAUUUGGUCAUUAAAUACAUGAAAAGAUUAAUGCAGCAGUCUGUGGAAUCUGUAUGGAACAUGGCAUUUGACUUUAUUCUUGAUAAUGUUCAGGUUGUUUUGCAACAAACGUAUGGAAGCACAUUAAAGGUUGUUUAAACAUGAGAUUGGAGAAGAGCCUGGUAUCUUCUGAUAACUGUGCCAUAAGUGCUUGUGGAGUAUUUGCAAAGUGCAUGAUAUAAAUGCUCAGUUUUAACCAUCAUUUUAUUUUUUAAUUUGUACAUUUUCCAGGAAGUGCCAAAUCUGUCAGUAUUGCAUGUAAAUAUUUGUGUUGCAAAUUCUUUUAUUGUAGUAUAGCUCUAUUUACAAAAUGUUUGUUUAUAAAAGUUUUAUGGAUUUUUACAGUGAAGUGUUCACAGUUGUUUAAUAAAGAACUAUAAGUAUA